AUGUUACGAUUGUCCAGCGUAUGGAUUAUUCUGAUAUCAUGGAAUUUGUUAGCGUUUGCAAGAAGCUUGGAUGACGAUGACAAAACCAUAGGAGAUUUGUGUUUUCUAUGCAGAUGUAAUCUAGAUAAAACUGAUAUUGAUUGUUCACGUAGAGGCCUCACGGACAUCCCCAAUGGAUUGGGAUUACAGGUGACCAAACUGAACAUUUCGAAUAAUGAGUUUACAAAAUUUCCCGAGUCUCUGAGCAGACUCCACAACCUCGUGAAUUUGGAUAUUAGCAGCAACCAAUUGAAGGGAUUACCUGACAAUGCGCUUUACAAUUUAACAGCGCUCGUAGUGUUGAAUUUAUCAAGAAAUUACUUUGAUUCGUGGCUUAAUUUGAAUCCGAACGAUGUACUGCUCCCGGCUACACACUUGAAAAUUCUGGACCUGUCGUAUAACAAAUUUCAGACUAUGGGCAAUUUGGCCAAUCAAGAAUUAUUGAUCAGCCCAUCCCUGGAAACGUUAAUAUUAGAUCAUUGUGAAAUAAAUUCCAUACAUGGUAGGUCUCCAUUAAGUGGUCUGAUAAACAUAAGAGUUCUAAAGUUGAACUUCAAUCCUUUAUUGAGAAUACAAAAUUUAAUAUCGUCAUCCCUGAGGAGUCUUUUCGUUAGUAACUGUGAGCUGACCACAUUAAAUCAUAACGAGUUGAUGUUCUUACCUUCGUUGACUCAUUUAAAAAUGUCAAAUAACUAUCGUCUCGAGUUAGCGUCUUCAGCGAACAAUUUGUUUUCGCAAUCAUUAAAAUAUAUCGAUAUUUCAUACUGUAAUAUUUUGCAACCGAACCUCAAGGGGUUCCCUAGUUUGCGAAAAGCUAUCCUAAAUCACAAUAUGGUUAGGUAUUUAGAAAGUAACGCUUUUGCUAACAAUACAGAAUUGGAAUAUUUGGAUUUGUCCAAUAACAACAUUGCGUCGCUUAGAUACGAUACGUUUCGAGGACUGAAGAUGCUGAAACACUUGGAUUUAUCUUGGAACGAAAUCGCUGUGAUUCCAGAAGAUAGCUUAUUGGAAAUGCCGUCUUUGACGCAAUUGAAAUUAUCCAGAAAUUACCUGUCGAGAGUUGGUCACUUGAGAUCAAUGUCUGUAACGAUUCUCGAUAUGAGUUCAUGUGAAUUAAAUACAAUCGGUAAAGAUUCACUGGAGGGCUUGCAGUCGAUUGUUGAAUUAGAUUUGUCUCAGAAUCUGUUAUCUUAUAUUCCGGAUAGUAUUUCUUCGAACACUUUGAAAUACCUUAAUUUGAAUUAUAAUCGAAUAAGCAGCAUUAAUAAUUUAACGUUUUUCAUGUUGAAUCGGUUGACUAGCUUAAGCGUGGUCGGUAACAGAUUCACUAUGAUCUGGCGGAGAUCGUUUUUCGAUUCCAAUCCAUAUUUGGAAAGACUGGAUUUGAGUGACAACAUGUGGAGAUGUGAUUGCUCCGAUGAGAACAUGAGGGACUUUUACGACUUUGUCACUUUAGAACCAAAUAAAAAAGAAGAAUCGUUCAAUCUUAUAUGCAAUAGUCCGGCUAAUGUGAACACGCAGACGUGGCUCGAGGCGUGUUACUUUACUUGGAAUCCCACCGAAAAAACCGCUAACGCAGACACUUUAAUAUGGUUUAUUGUUGUCAUGAUCAUAGGCUUGUCCUUGUGUAUAAUAUUAGUGAGCGGAAUCCGAAGCUCGAUGAAACGUCGUCUUGCCGCCAUACAAGCAGAACGGGAAAGGCAAGUGGAAGAAGCGAGAGACAGAUUGAGGCAAAUGAGAAUACGUGCGGAACAGGAAGCGUUAUGUAAUACACCAGAUCCACGUGAUUUGAUCGCGCCACCGUCGUACGAUGAAGCUCUCUCGAUGCCAAAACUGAAUGUAUCGUGUCAUUCUUUGAACGAAACCGGUUCAGGAAAAACCAGGAGAAAGAGAGGGAGAAGGAAAACGAAAUCGAGUGGUGAUCUGCUAGAAGAAACUGAUAGGAACGGUGAUGCACCCGUUUAUGAUGAUUUAGAACUAACCGAGACCCAAGAGGAAGAUAGACAGCGGAGGCGUCGUAGAAGAAAUAGAAGGUAUGGCAGUCACGAAAUAGCUGAGUUGGAUCAAUCACCAGGUGCUCGGCGUCGGCGAAUGUCUGAAUAUAUUGUUGAAAACGAUGAUAGUGUUAUUGUGGAAGUUCAAGCGCAGUUAGAACGACCCCUUCGCCCUAGAAAUCGACGGUAUUCGAUUGAUGAUAAUGAUGUCAGGGAAAGUGACUUUUAA